AUGUCGUCUACCUCUGUUGCUGGAGUUCAAAUCCUUGGCAAGGUUCAAGGAGCCCAAUACGAAAUCCUCACUGAGCCCGCUUUGAAGUUCAUUUCUGCCCUUCACCGUACUUUUGAGAGCACCCGCCAAGAGCUUCUUGCCGCUCGCCAAGCCACUCAACGACUGCUUGACGCUGGUCAAGCUGACAAAAUUUGGACCUUCCCGCCUGAAACUGCUGCAAUCCGGGAGGACCCAACAUGGAUUUGCGCACCUCCCGCCCCAGGUUUGGAGGAUCGUCGGGUCGAAAUUACCGGCCCUACCGAUCGCAAAAUGGUCAUCAACGCGCUCAACUCUGGCGCGAAGACUUUCAUGGCUGACUUUGAGGAUUCGUCUUCCCCUACAUUCCAAAACAUGCUCAACGGCCAAGUCAACCUUCGAGAUGCUAUUCGUCGUCAGAUUGAUUCAAAUAUCGGUGGCAAGGAAUACAAACUCAAGCCCGCAGGCCAAACUGCUGUACUGAUUGUUCGUCCUCGUGGCUGGCAUCUCGAUGAACCUCGCAUCCUAGUUGACGGACGCCCGGUAUCAGGUGGUAUCUUUGACUUCGGCCUCUUCAUUUUCCAUAACGGGCAUGAGCUUGUUAAGCGUGGCCACGGCCCGUACUUCUAUCUUCCUAAGAUGGAACAUUAUAAGGAAGCUAGGCUCUGGAAUGACAUCAUCAACUUCUCUCAAGAUUACAUUCGCAUGCCUCGCGGCACCGUUCGUGCUACGGUCCUCAUAGAAACUCUUCCGGCUGCCUUCCAGAUGGAUGAAAUCCUCUUUGAACUCCGCCAGCACUCUUCUGGUCUCAACUGUGGUCGUUGGGAUUACAUCUUUUCGUUCAUCAAGAAGAGGCGCGCUCAGGCAGAGAGUACCAUUCUUCCCGACCGCAGCAGCGUGACUAUGGAGACUCCAUUCAUGGAUGCAUAUGUUCGUCUUUUGAUUCGCACUUGCCACAGGCGCAAGGUUGCUGCUAUGGGUGGCAUGUCUGCACAGAUCCCCAUCAAGGGUGAUGAGAAAGCAAACGAAGUCGCCAUGGCCAAGGUUCGUGCUGAUAAGCUUCGUGAGGUGAAGGCUGGCCAUGAUGGCACCUGGAUCGCUCACCCGCUCAUCUGCAAGAUUGCUACGGACAUCUUUGACGAACACAUGCCCGGCCCUAACCAAUACCAUGUCCACGCAGCUCCUUCGACCAUCGCCCCCGAAGCUCCGGUUCUUCCUUCGGAUCUGCUCAAUCACCAGGUUGCAGGUGGGAAGAUUACUGCAGCAGGUGUCAAGGCAAACGUCGAGGCUGCACUCGCUUACUGCGCUGCAUGGGUAUCUGGGAACGGAUGUGUACCCAUCAACUACCUGAUGGAGGAUGCUGCGACUGCAGAAAUCGCUCGUUUGCAAUUGUGGCAGUGGGUCAAGGGAGGCGCCAAGCUCGACACUACCGAUGUCAUUACUGGCUCUUACAUCGACAAGGUGAUCUCCGAGGUCGCUCCUUCUGUCACUAAAAUUGUCUCUGGAAUCAACAAGCAGCACGUCGAAAUUGCUGCUUCCUACUUGAGCGGCCAAGUCAAGCGCGAGUGGGCCAGUGAUUUCUUGACCAGCGAUCUGAUGCCCUACCUCGAGGCUCAGGAUGGAGGAAAAUGGGUUCGCGCGGCUCUCUGA